AUGAAGGAUCUUGAUGCACUUGCUUUUACAGUCGAACUCGGGCAGUUCUACGAAAAGUCAAAGACAGCAGGAACUGUGUCUGUUACCAUGAAGAGAAUGACUGCACCUCGAUUACUCCAAGUCUCCAAAGUAAAGAAAGCCAUGCCCAAAGGCGGCAAUGCAGUCGUGGAAGCCGAAUCUAAAGAUGAUGUACAAUACCCAUGUCUUGUCCGUGCCGUUUACAAAAAGCACAAGAUCAGCACUAUUAUUGCGCCAGACGAUUUCGAUAGAUUCCAAAACGCUUACAGCACAAUUAUUAGAGCUUAUAUGGAUUCUUUAAAGAAGAAGGAUCGUUCUAAAAAGGCAAAGAAAGUAUCGAAAUAA